CUGUCUCGUAACGGACAUGAACCAGUGUUGGCGGAGCAGACCUUAGCUGCCCCGUUGGUAGUGGUUGACGGAGUCACAAAGACCUACCCGCGGGUCAGGGCACUGGAAAGCGUGGGUUUCAGCAUCGAUGCCGGUGAGCGGGUGGCGCUGGUCGGCCCCAGUGGCAGCGGCAAGACGACGUUGCUCAACCUCUUGUCAGGCACGGUGCAGCCUGAUUCCGGUUCUCUCUCCGUGGCUGGGCGCCCUCUCUCCCAGUCUCUGCCUCGUCGAGAACUGUCCUCCCUGGUGGGCAUAAUUCACCAGCAGUUUGAUCUGGUGCCGCAACUGCCUGUAGUCCACAAUGUCCUCGCCGGCCGGUUUGGCAGAUGGGGCAUGUUACGCUCGUUGGUGUCCCUGGCCUGGCCCCAGGACUAUCAAAUGGCGGCAGGAGCCCUGGAGCAAAUGGGAAUCUCCGAAAAGGCCACGGAGAGGACCUCGCACCUCUCCGGGGGUGAGCAACAACGGGUGGCAAUAGCGCGGGCCAUCGUUCAGUCGCCCAGGUUGGUGCUGGCUGACGAACCGGUCGCUUCCCUGGACCCGGCCCGGGCGGAAGAAAUCAUGCAACUCCUGGGCCGCAUGGCAGACCCUGGCGUUUGCCCUGGCUGGGAUGACGGUUGCCGUCGCUAUAGGUUUCCCCUUGGGAGUAAUGCUUCCGGGGCCCUGUUGCCACCAUCCUCACGCUGGCGAAUGCCCCUUGUUUUGGGGUCUCGGUUUAUUCUGGGAACUGUAAGGUCCAUUCACGAAUUGGUUUGGGCGGUGCUUUUUGUGGCGGCUAUCGGUCUCUCACCGGUUGCCGGGAUUAUGGCCCUGGGAUUACCCUACGCGGGAAUCCUGGGCCGCAUUUACGCUGAAUUUCUGCGGGACGUCCCCGAGGAACCGCUGACCGCGCUUCGUGCUACCGGUGCAUCUGCCCUGCAAACCCUGGUUUAUGGUCAGCUACCCAUGUGCCUCCCGGACCUGGUCAGCUACACAUUCUAUCGGUUUGAAUGUGCUAUCCGAGCGGCGGCAAUACUCAGCUUCGUGGGAAUCCAGGGAAUUGGUUAUGAGCUUCAAAUUUCCCUGGGAGAUCUCCUGUUCAAUCAGGUCUGGACCUUGCUGUUGGUAUUGCUGGCGAUCGUUGCCCUGGUUGAUUUCUGGAGGGCACUGGUGGUCGCUGCCUGGACCUAUAUUCUGUUUGGGGGAGACAGCGGUUUCACCAACCUUUUUGAGGGCCGGACCUGGGAAAACGCCGGGGAGUUCAUCCUUCAGUUGGCGGGAUUCGGGUCCGAGGAUACACCGGCCUUCCUGAAGUUCGACAAGUGGUGGUCUACCGGCAAGCUGGCCUAUAACACCUGGCGAUGA